AUCUAAAUUAUAGCAUUAAACCCAUAUGUAAAUUUUUAUCCGUCCUAAUCACGCUAAUGAAGCAAAAUAGCUCUAUUGCAAUCUAUGUUUAAAGGGAACGUACACACUCUAGCGAUGUUACCUGGGUACCCUAUCUAGUUUGAAUCCAUAGAUAGAGCACUAAAUUAUAAUUCAUGUAUUUGCUUCCAAAAAGGAUUUCACUGUUAUUUAAUCAGGUAAAAAUGAUGCGUUCAUUCGUAUCGCCGCUACAUGGAGGACUUGAUUUGGAAGGUACAGAACGUAGUCAUAGAACUAGAACUGAUUUUGAAUUCUAUCCAAAAUCAUGUGCUAUUAAGAAUGGUUUACGUGAAGAACUAGAGAAUCAUUUUAGAGGAAUGCAAAUAGAAUCGCAAUUGUCGUUAAAAGAUGCCAUAGAUAUAUGUAACCAAAUGUCCGUAGAGUGCAUCAAACAAGAAGAACUGGAAGAAUUGCUAUCACUCAAGGGAUACGUUCCCAUUUGUUACGAUGGUUUUGAGCCCUCAGGACGUAUGCACAUUGCGCAAGGUAUCUGUAAAGCUUAUAAAGUAAAUCAACUAAAAAGGAUGGGUAUAUCUAGUGUGAUGUGGAUUGCUGAUUGGUUUGCCAUGCUUAAUGAUAAGCUAAACGGUAAUAUGGAAAACAUUAGAUUAGUUGGAGAAUAUUUCAAACAUGUCUGGAGGGCGUCAGGUAUGGAUAUGAAUGCGGUCAAGUUCCUCUGGGCAAGCGAAGAAAUCAAUAAAAAUCCAGAUCUGUAUUGGAGAUUAGUAAUGGAUAUCAGUCGUUCGUUCAACAUAACACGGCUCAAACGAUGUAGUGAAGCACUUGGGAGAGCUGAUGGCGACAACCGUCCAGGUGCAUCGCUGUUAUAUCCUGCAAUGCAGUGUGCUGAUAUUUUUUACAUAGGGGCUGACAUUUGCCAAUUGGGGCUUGACCAACGUAAAAUAAAUAUGUUGGCACGUGAAUAUUGCGAAUUGAAAUCGGUUGGAGCUAGACCGAUCAUUCUUUCCCAUCAUAUGAUGCCUUCAUUGGCACAACAAGGUGGAAAGAUGUCCAAGUCGAUACCCAAUUCUGCUAUAUUUAUGGAAGAUUCUGCCGAGGAAGUGAAUGCCAAGAUAAAGAGUGCAUGGUGCCCAGAAAAGGAAGUUUGCGAUAAUCCGUGCAUAGCCUAUUUCGAGCACAUAGUUUUUCCAAUGUUUAAUACGGUAACUAUACCUAGAAAAGAGAAAAAUGGAGGUGAUGUAAUUUACCAAUGCCACUCGGAACUAAAACAGGAUUAUCUCAGUGGCAACCUGCAUCCUGCGGACCUAAAGCCUGCACUUGCAAGUUACAUUAACCGUUUGUUGGAACCCGUACGAAUAUAUUUUAGGGACAACCCCGAGGCUAAUGAACUGGCACGUCGUGUCGCGGAGUUGCAACAACUAAAAUAAUUUAUUGUGGACCAUUGAGUAAAUACCCAA